UGUCAAAUUAAUUCGAAAAAUGACAUAUUCGUGUCCGUUUAGUAUUGGUUCUCAUUUGCCACGUGCACGUAUUGUUUUUUAGCCGUUUUUCCAUUACUUAAAUGUAAUAAACAUAAAUCUUUUCGACACUUCGAUUGAAGUUGUAAACUUUUAUACAUAUAUACAUACAUACAUGAUCGUUCUGAUUAAAUACAUUUGACGUUACAUACUUCUGUAAGUCUUACAGAAACAUGUUUUAUACCAGGUGACGCCAGGAAAAUUGCAGAUCAUAAAGUCUUCCAUGUUCCAUAAUUUUUAUUUAUAAUUAAUUUGUACUAUUUUGAUCGUCAAAAUGAAUUUAAAAAGCGUUAAGGACAGACUGAAAGAUGAAACGUUGGAUCUUAGCUUAUGCGACCUGAAGGAAGUGCCUGUUCGAGAAAUCACAACCAUAAAAAAAGCAACACAUUUGGAUUUAUCAAAUAAUUUAUUAACUUGUUUGCCUACUAACUUUGUCAAUCUUAAGCAAAUAGUUAAAUUGGAUCUUAGUAGAAAUAUGUUAACAGAAAUUCCUGAGAAUUUUGGUGAAUUACGGCAACUGAAACAUUUAGAUCUUUAUGCAAAUCAGAUAAGCAGGCUACCGCUUAGUUUAAGCGAGUUAAAAAAUUUAAGAUGGUUAGAUUUAAAGGAAAAUCCUUUAACCCCUGCAGUGGCAAGCGUCGCAGGACCGUGUAGUAAUCUAACCGAAUGUCAGGCAUGCGCUCGUAAUAUUGUUACAUAUUUAUCGCAUGUAAAGCUUACUAUAGAAGAAGAAAAGUUACGAAGACUAAAUGCAAUUAUUGAUACAGAAACAGAUACAGUAUCAACAAAAAAGACAGGAAAAAAGAAAAAGAAGAAAGCAGCAGAUAAAGAUAAUAAACCGAAUAUAGAUAAAAAUGAACGUAAUUCUUUGCUGAAGUUAUCGCGAAGCGAUGAAAGCGAAAUGAAAAGUUCGACGGCAACGAAUGAUCGAAAGUACACCGAUAAGCAAUCGAUUAAAGGAAAUACGUGUCGGACAUUUCUGCACACGAUUACAUGGCUUUUCUUAUUUAGUUUAAUACUGCUUAUGUCAAUCCUGAUUCUUCCAUUGUACUCAAAGCAAUCGGAAUUACUUGUAAAUCAUUUCGAAACAAACAUGGGUAUACCUUUGAAGACGAUCCAACAACGUAGUACCGAUAUGUUCUAUUCCUUCACGCGAAGCGUAUCCAACAUUUACAAAGAUAUAUAUUACGUUUACGAGAAGAAUUUUAACACGAACAAAGACAUUUCAAUAAAUGAAUAAACUGUACUGUUUCUAACGAUAAGAUGGAGCUCGUUAUUAACACUUUGACGAUCGGUAUGAUGUACUUGUAGCUUCUUGUAGACGAAACAUUCUUUGCCUUAUUUUUUUCUACUGUAUCACAAUUACAGUUGAUAAAUAAUA